AUGAGAAACUCUAAACAACGACGGAAACAUCUAAAAUCAUUUUCCAAAGCAAUUUCAGUCGAUAAUUCGAAAUUUAGCUCGACACAGGGUAACCAACAUGUUUCAAUGCCUCAGGUUUCUACACUACUUAAUAAGCUACGCCAUGAAGCACAACCAAAAAACAGAGAUCAAAGAUCAAUUGAACUGUUGCCAACUCCAGCGUACAAAUAUUUAAUGAGAGACUAUUUAAACCAAGUUGAAGGUGAACAAAAGGAAUGUAUUGAAAACGAUCUGAGAAUGCGUAUAUCAGGUCCGUUACCACCCAAAAGUUGGCGAGGUGUGUGGUACUUAGAAACUAAUAUGAACGAAUCUGAUAAUUUACAAUCGCAAAUUGAAGUGCGAAAAGCAAGAAAAAAAGCUUGGGAUGGUGAGAGAAAUAUUUCUCUACCAUUCUUUAAUCUUGAACUCUCGUCUUCCAGUUUUGAUCUGCCAUCACUCUCUACUAUUUGCAUAAAUACAAUAACCUUGAAUAUCAAAACUUAUAUUUCAUGUCCAUACUUUUCAAAUUUACCUACACAUCUAAAGCAAAAUAUUCUUUCCUCUUUAAGCAUACAUAAUCCUCUUACUGAUGAUUUGCUUAAAUUGUUUAUAGAUUCGGAAUAUGAUGAAUUAGAUAUAUCUAAUAGUAGUAUCUCAUUAGAAUGUCUGAAAAGGUCUUUUUGGAGGAUAGUUAAUGAUAGAGAUAUCGAGAAUGAUAUUGUAGAAGAUUGGGAGGAUUUUAUUGAUCGUUCUGAAAGUGAUGAUACCGAUCUUAUAUCAUUUCGAUAUUUUAAAUCUCCUGAUUCUUCCUUGAUUGGAAAAAUGCCUAUGAAAGAUUCUAAAACAUUGUCUACAAGAUACAUUUCUAAAGUUCCUGAACUUCGUAGAUUGAAUGUUAGCUUUACUCGCAACAUUCCUAUCAUUCCAUUAUCCAAAUUAAUUACUUCAACUAUACCACUACUUAGCCAUUUAUCCAUUGCUGGAUGUUCUAAUUACGAAGAUGGUCCUCAAGCAUUAAGAAUUUUAAGUACGGGCUUGAUAAACCUUGUUUUCUUAGAGAUAUCCCAUAAUGAUUGGGUAACUGAUAAUGUAAUUUUACAAUACAUCAAUUGGGACAGGGAUCUCAAAUGUUUAAAAAUACUGGUCGCUAUAUGCUGUUUUGCUUGGAAGGAUGUUGAUAUG